GGCCGCGUCCUGGGCUCACUAGGGCUCUUGGACACAGCCUGAACCCUGCAGGGGAAGCCGUGGGACCCCCUGAGAUUCUGUGGGAAGGGAGGGGCGGUGCACAUUCUGGGAACAGCUGGGGCUCCCCCGGGCAUCUCCCAGGUCUGCCUGCCAGGGUAAGUGACCAUCCUGCGUGAGUGCAGACAGCGGGCCCAACUUCCUAAAGUGGCUCCCAAGUGUGUUGCUAGGGGCUCACAGGGAGGCCCCUCAGGUGUGUGUCAGAAAGAAAUGUUACCGGUAAGAGCUUUUCUCAUAUUUGCUCAUGGCAUUAUUUUUAUAAUCAAUAAUGUAUAAUCAGUUUUGUUCUAAAGCACCUGUAAGUCCUCAUCUCUGGAUUGAAAAAUGCAUAACCUGGGAGACUUAGGAUAUUUGCACUGUUUAUGCUGUGUGAGGAUAAAGGACUUCCUCAUACUUUGGACCCCUGUGUGUGUGUUCAACUGGAAACCAGCAGGUUCUCUUCGAAGGGGUGUGUCAGCCAUGGCUGCAGACAUCUGGCCAGAGGUCGUGGGUUGUCCAGAGGCUGUGGGCCAAGGAGAGGAGAUGCUAACUUGUUACGUAUGGUGACGAGGGGAGUAGCUGGCAGCCGUUCCCACACGCUCAUGUUAGAGAAGAUUCCAGACAGGCUGCUUGGCGCCUCUUGGUUCCUGGUGACACCGAUGAGGAGACUGUUGUGGGGAUCAGUCGCUGACCCACGUCUCAGCCCCCUCAAGGCAGCCAAGGUUGGGGAACACGUGCCUCGAUGUCAGCACCUGAGGCACGGGCAGCUGUGCCUAGAGAGUCAGGCCCUGCUGGGUCCGCCUCUGGUGUUCUGGGAGCCACAAGGACACUGCCGUCCCAGAGCAGGGGAGGGACCACCCCCGUGGCCUGGAUCCUACUCCCAGACUGUGAAUCUGGAAAUGCUGCUUCUGCUUCUCACUUGAGCCUUCCCUGCUGUGUCCUGUCCUGGGAAGCCUGUUGGCCAGGCUUGGAGCAGGACUUGGAGUGGCAGCCACACUGCCUACCUGAGGACCCAGGAUCAUGUGCAAGGCCCACUGGCAGGAGUGAGGGAGGGCCUCACCCUCAGAGGCCCAUGGUGCCUCCCAAGCCUGCGCUCUGGGCGCUCCUGCUGGCUCUGCUGGGGCUCGCACCGGGUCAGGCAGGGCUCCGCACCUGCAGCAUCCCUGACGUGCUCCGCCACUACCGUGUGGUCAUCUUUGAGGACCUGCAGGCUGCUGUGAGGCAGGUCGGGCCAGGCUCCCGACACCUCCGUUUCAUCCAGAAAAACCUGACUGGAGCUGCAGCCCUCGGAUGGCGGGAUCGGGAUCGGGUGGGAGCUUCCUGCGGUGCCCAGAAGGAGCACGAUAUCCUGCUGUCCAUUGCGUCCCUGGGUCGGACCCUGCGCAGGGUAGUGGCCCGGGGCCACCGCCGCGGGGCACUGGAGAAAGCCGCGUGGACUGUAGCCCUGCGCACCGAAGCCGUGAUGCGGCGCCACUGCUGGGUGAUGCGCCAGCGGAGGAGGAGCCGGUGGCCCAAGAGGCACCCUCCUCGGAGUCGCCGCAGCCGCAGCCGCAGCCGCAGCCGCAGCCGGAGGCGGCUCCUCCUGCGUGUCCUGGACACCGUCGCCACCUGCUGGGAGAAGCUCUUCGCGCUGCGUGCAGCAGCCUCCGAGGACUCCUAGCGCGUCCUGCGCAGGCCAGAGAAGAGCCAUCGGGGCCGCGGGGCCUGGGAACGAGCUUCAUUUGGUGACGACUGCCUCCUCUCCCUCUUGCUGGCUUACUCCUGGGCCCAGGCCCCUCCUUGUCAUGGCCCUGGACACGCUCCAGGCACCUAGCCAGGACUCAAUAAACUGCUGGUGCUGCGG